AACAAACCUGACCACCACACGAGUGCCUAUUUCUCCAACAAGCUCAUUUUACGAAGAGGACAAGCUUUUAUGGUGACUCUAACUCUCAACAGGGCCCUAAAAACUGGAGACAAUAUUACCUUUGAUGUGCAAACAGGGAAAUCACCUGAUGUUGCCAAAAGAACAAAACAUACAUUCUCUCUGUCUACAAACGAAGUCGCUACAGGGAGUUGGAAGGCAGUUUCCAACUCUACCAACUCAAACUCUCUGACUGUAUGGAUCACACCUCCUGUUACUGCUGUCAUUGGAUAUUACCAGAUGAGUGUCCGUAUCUUCUCUGGAACAUACAUAUCCCAUAAGCUGCCAGGAUUCAUUCUACUCUUCAACCCAUGGGCCAUUGAUGAUGAUGUUUAUCUGGCUGAUGAGUCAGAGCGAAAAGAAUACGUACUAAAUGACAGCACUAUCAUGUACUAUGGAAAUGAUAAUUACAUUGGUGAACAGGGCUGGAACUUGGGACAGUUUGAGGCAGACAUUUUGCCAAUCUGUUUGCUCAUUCUGGAAAAACAAAAUAUGGUGGAUAUAUCCCUUUUUUAUGAUCCGAAAGAAGUUUCAAGAGUAUGCAGUGCAAUGGUUAACAGCAAUGAUGACAAAGGAGUGAUUCUGGGCGACUGGAGUGGGAAUUAUGCUGAUGGCCGCAGUCCUACAAGCUGGUCAGGAAGUGUGGCCAUACUAAGACAGUGGGCAAAGUCUGGUCCAGUUCGAUAUGGACAGUGCUGGGUCUUUGCUGGAGUACUGUGCACAGGUACAUUUAAUGCC